GCAAAUACUUCCUUCAAUUUGAGUUUGAGGUCGCAGGGCAUAAUGGCCGUCGGCUUCGGGAGAUCGGACAGCAUUGCGGACAUGAUGCCCGAGGCCCUGCGGCAGAGCCGGUACCAGAUGAAGAGGUGCUUCCAGAGGUACGUGUCCCAGGGCAGGAGGCUCAUGAAGAAGCACCAGCUCAUGGAGGAGUUCGACAAGUCCAUCGAUGACAAGGUCGACAAGGACCAGCUCCUCCAGGGCUUCCUUGGCUAUGUCAUCUCCUCCACACAGGAGGCUGCGGUGCUCCCCCCGUUCGUGGCAUUCGCUGUCAGGAUGAACCCUGGCAUCUGGGAGUUCGUCAAGGUCCAUUCCGUAGAUCUGUCCGUCGAGCAGAUCACGCCAUCGGAUUACCUCAAGAACAAGGAGGCCCUGGUCGAUGACAAAUGGGGGGCUUACGAUGAGGAAUCCCAGCUGGAAGUCGACUUCGGCGCCCUGGACCUGUCCACGCCUCACCUGACACUUCCUUCCUCCAUCGGCAAUGGCGCGCAAUUGGUCUCCAGAUUCCUGUCUUCCAAGCUGAGUGACAAGAAGAAGCCAUUGCUGGACUACCUGCUGGCGCUCAGCCACCGCGGCGACAACCUCAUGAUCAACGACACACUCGACACCGUCGAGAAGCUUCAGACAGCAUUGCUUCUCGCCGAGGUCUCCGUCGCUGGCCUGCAACCCAACACACACUACUCUGAAUUCGAGCAAAAGUUUCAGGAGUGGGGGCUGGAGAAAGGCUGGGGUGACACUGCUGAAACAUGCAGAGAAACACUGAGCAGCCUGUCUGAGGUGCUCCAAGCACCGGAUCCCAUCAACAUGGACAAGUUCUUCAGCAGGGUGCCCUGUGUGUUCACCGUUGUCAUCUUCUCCAUCCAUGGUUACUUCGGCCAGGAGAAGGUCCUUGGCAUGCCAGACACCGGUGGUCAGGUCGUGUACAUUCUGGACCAAGUUAGAGCUCUCGAAAACGAACUGCUGGAAAGAAUCAAGCAGCAGGGCCUGGAUGCCACACCUAAGAUUCUCGUGCUAACAAGGCUCAUACCAGAAGCAAAGGGCACCAAAUGCAAUGUAGAGUUGGAACCGAUCGAGAACACAAAGCACUCCAGCAUCCUCCGGGUGCCAUUCAAGACCGAGGAUGGCAAAGUUCUUCAACAGUGGGUCUCCCGGUUUGACAUCUAUCCUUACCUGGAGAGAUAUGCCCAGGAUUCUUCUGUCAAGAUUCUCGAAAUAUUGGAGGGAAAACCAGACUUGGUCAUUGGCAAUUACACCGACGGCAAUCUAGUAGCAUCCCUCCUGUCAAGCAAACUAGGAGUCACUCAGGGAACAAUUGCGCAUGCUCUAGAGAAGACGAAGUACGAGGAUUCAGACAUCAAGUGGAGAGAAAUGGACCACAAGUACCAUUUCUCAUGCCAGUUUACUGCUGACAUGAUUGCCAUGAACACUAGUGACUUCAUCAUCGCUAGCACCUACCAAGAAAUAGCUGGAAGCAAAGAGAAGCCUGGCCAGUAUGAGAGUCACUAUGCAUUCACCAUGCCAGGGCUCUGCCGCUAUGCCACAGGCAUCAACGUAUUUGAUCCCAAGUUCAACAUUGCUGCACCAGGUGCAGAUCAAUCUGUUUACUUCCCAUUUACACAAAAGCAGAAGCGCCUGACAGACUUACAUCCCCAAAUUGAGGAGUUACUCUACAGCAAAGAGGACAAUGAUGAGCACAUAGGGCACCUAGCAGACAGGAGCAAGCCAAUCAUCUUUUCAAUGGCAAGACUUGACAAGGUAAAGAACAUCACAGGGCUGGUUGAAUGGUAUGGUCAGAACAAGAGGCUCAGGGACCUUGUCAACCUUGUCAUUGUUGGGGGCCUCCUGGACCCUUCACAAUCAAAGGACCGUGAAGAGAUAGAGGAGAUAAACAAGAUGCACAGCCUGAUAAACAAGUACCAGCUCGUGGGACAGAUCCGUUGGAUAAAAGCACAAACUGAUCGGGUACGCAAUGGGGAGCUUUACCGUUGCAUAGCAGACACCAAGGGAGCCUUCGUUCAGCCUGCACUCUAUGAAGCAUUCGGACUAACAGUCAUUGAGGCAAUGAACUGCGGGUUGCCCACCUUUGCAACAAAUCAAGGAGGACCUGCAGAGAUCAUUGUUGAUGAGGUUUCGGGUUUCCAUAUCAACCCGCUCAAUGGCAAGGAGGCAAGCGACAAAAUUGCUGACUUCUUUCAGAAAUGCAACGAGGAUUUCAUCUACUGGAGCAAGAUGUCCACUGCAGGACUCCAACGCAUCUAUGAGUGUUACACGUGGCAAAUCUAUGCGACGAAAGUUCUGAAUAUGUCAUCAAUAUAUGGCUUCUGGAGGACCCUGGACAAGGAAGAAAGACAAGCUAAACAGCGCUACCUACACAUGUUCUAUAAUCUUCAGUUCAGGAAGUUGGCAAAUAAUGUGCCAACACUGGGCAACCAACCCGCACAACCUACAGAGAGCACAGAGCCUAAUAGGAUCAUACCAAAACCCAAAGAAAGAAGGACGCAGAUAAGGAUCCAGAGGAUUGCAACCAACUUACUUGGACCACUGCUCCCGGCUUCCAAUUUCUCAACACAUGGAGCUUGAAGUUGAGACCAAUCAUCAGAAUCUUCUGAAGUUGUUGGAGCGAGAGAUUUAUUGUACAACAUUGAUUGGGAAGAUAUUAAAUAAACGAUUAAUGUGGGAG